AUGUCUGCGGUCCUGCCAUCAGACAUAUUCACAUUCGACGAGGGCGACGACUCGGUCUCGCCCUCCAACGCUCUCUUCCCCCCCUCCUUGUCGUUCCCAGGCCUCGAUGGCCUCGACGCGCUCGACAACGCGUACCUUUCGCCCAACACUCUCUCUCCUCGCUCCGCCGACCACACACACCCUUCCCUCUCCCCUCCUGCUUCAGGCGACAGCCCCAGCUCGAGUCUUUCGUUUGCUACCGACGAGUACCUCCUCAACAACAGCUUUGGUCAGGAUGAGCUCGACAUGCUCAUUUUCCCCGAAGACUCAAAGCCCGACAUGAACCUCGCCGACGCGCUCAACGUGCCCAUACAGUCGGCAUUCAAUGCAUCCAUGGCCUUUGACUUUAGGCAGACUUCCCCUUUCGAGUCCAAGCCCAACCUCGAGCAGCAGCAACAGCAGGCCCCCAUCCCGACAGCCCCGAUGGGUACCAUCCAGCCCGCCGCGUUCGACGGUCUCCUCCACCAGUGGCGCCUCGACCUGAGCCAGAGCGCGCAGGCAGCUGCCUGGAUCCAGUCCCAGGUCCCCAUUCCUUCCCGUCCCAUGUUCCAGCCGCAGCAACAGCCGCAGCAGCAGCACCAGCAACAGCAGCAGGUCGAGGUUCCGCCACCUGUUGCUGUCCCGGUCGAGAUGGCCGCCCAGCCUUCAGUUCAACCACCUCCUCGCCGCAGUGCACCUAACGCACCACUCAACAAGCCCGUCACGAGCUCGCCCCCUGCCAACGUUGGCAAGCACAACAAGACUGAGCGUCGUUACCGCCAAAAGGUUCAGCAGGCCCAGGCUGAUCUGCGCGACGCGGUUCCUGCCCUGCGUGUCCUGUACGGCACUUCAAGCGAUGAGCAGAAGCAGACGACAGACAUUCGUGCUCCUGACGGUACGGUCGAUGGUCUCGGCGAGGUGACCCGCCCGAACGCGAGUGCCAAGGCAACCAUCCUCAUUGGCGCUAGGAUGUACAUCGAGCUUCUUCAACGCCGCACUGCCAUGCUCCAGCGCAAGGUCUCGGAACUCGAGGCGUGGCGCCAGCAGGUUGCUGGAGCCGAGGAUCUGACGGCGUGGCGUACCGACUUUGACCGUCGCGAGGCCGUCAUCGCCGCGCAGCAGGCCGCCGCAGCGGCUGCCAACGAGUCGGACGACGGCGAGUCUGAGGAGGAAGAGGAGGACACGCGCAGCAGGAAACGUCCUCGUGUGACCAAGAAGGCCAAAGCUACCGACACGAAGGCUGCCACUGGUGUGCGCGCCUUUGCUGCCUUUGCCGUGUCGUUUUCGCUUGUGCCCUCUGCUUCCAAACUCUUCAGCGCUUCCCCGGCUACUUCCGGUCCAGCGGGGACCGUCUACGCUGCCGAGUCGCUCUCGCGCAACCAGGUCAUCUCGCGUCUUCCUCUUAUUACUGCCGAGCACAGCUCGCGUCUCCUCGCUCGUGCCCUCCCUGCCGCCAUUGUUCCCAACCCCCACACGCUCGUCGACUGGACCUUCCGCCUCAUUAUUGCCAUCACCUUGAUCACCCUCGUCGGUCCCAUCCUCGAGCGCAUCUCGCGCAAGUACCAAGACAAGAAGACUGGUGCAGGUAACAUUGUCGGUCUCGGCAAGGACCUUGUUCAACUCGCUGUUGGCUCGCCGGUCAGCGGCUCGUCCGAGUGGACCAACCUCGCGGCUCGUAUUGUUGGCGGACUUGCCAACCCACCUGCUCUCGUUAGGUGGCACGUCGCCGUUCGUCUUCGUCUGGCGUCCAACGAUCCUUACUCCCUUGCUCUUUACGCGCUUCUUGCUCCCGAAAAGUCUUCGUCCCGCGUGGCGUGGGUGGACGCCCGUUCCAAGUGUGAACCCAACUCGCCCCUUGCUGCUGUACUCGGCCUUCCUCUCGAGGAGGCUUCGCACAGCCUCGAGCUUGUUCCUGCGACUGCUGCUCCGAUUGCGUCUAUUGCCGAGCAGAUCAACCUCGUCCACCUUUACGACCUUUACACUCGCUUCUUUAUUCACCUCGUCGGCGCGGUUGGUGAUGCCACGUCGCUCUCGCCCAUGCUUGUCAACGUCCAGCAGAGCGACCUUUCGACCGAGCUCAACUCGCUUGGCCGCGAGAUCCGCGGUGUUCUUCACGGCAUGCCGCGCCACAGCCCUUCACACGCCCUCAGCCUUGUUCUGCUUGGUCUCUGGGGUCUGUUCUCUGGUUACUCGCAGCCUGCUGUUCUCGUCAGCGCUCUUGCGGCUGAGGAGGUCCAGGGUGCCGGUGCCUCGCUUGCGAGUGUCUCUGCCAUGCUCGAGCUCCUGUAUCCUGGCUCGUCCAACCCCAUGCCCCCCGCCGCUGCUUCCCUCAUCCCCGCCAACGCCCAGGCCAUCGACAAGCUCGCCAUGGCGUGCAUUGGCUUUGUCGACCUGCUCUUCUCGUCGUCGUCGUACCACGGUACGCAGAACCGCUUGGAGCGCCUUGAGGCCAGCCAGCGUGUGCAGAAGGAGGCUGCUCGCCUGCGCCUUGUCCUCACCCAGGCGACGUUUGUGGGUCUCGACGAAGAGGACGAGGACGAGGGCCUGGCCUUUGACGACGCGCGCCACAAGCUCGUGUCGGUUCUGUGCAGCGUGGGUCGUCGUGCUGCCGGUCGAGGUGUGAUCCGCGACGAAGACUCGGGGCUGGAUGACGACGACGACGAGGAGUGGUAG